AUGAGAGCUGUCCUGCAACGAGUCCUCCAAGCCAGCGUUGAAGUAAACGGCCAACAGAUCUCCAAAAUCCGCCAAGGACUCUGUGUCCUAAUCGGCCUCUCUAUCGACGACACACCCGCGGAUCUCGAUUUCAUGGUCAAGAAACUCCUUUCCGUCCGCGUCUUUGAUUCUAACCAGCAUGCUCUCCUCUCCCCCGGGACCACCAUGAUUCGCCCACCUCGGGAACAAAAGGAAAUAACGCAGGCGAAUGAGGGAGUUGAGGCUGUGGAUGUUGAGGAGCCGGCCAAGAUGUGGGCCAAGAGUGUUGUUGAUAUCGAGGGCGAGAUCCUCUGUGUAUCCCAAUUCACAUUGUACGGAUCGGUCAUCAAGGGCAGCAAACCAGACUUCCACCUCUCCAUGAAAUCACAAGCCUCCAAACAAAUGUAUCUUGAUUUCCUGGACCGUCUCAAAAAGGCCUACCAACCCGACCGUAUCAAAGACGGAGAGUUUGGAGCAAUGAUGCUAGUAAACAUUGCGAACGAUGGACCCGUAACGUUAGAACUGGACUCGCGCAAGUUUGAGUACUCUCCCAUCACCCAUCAAUCCAACCCCGCAGUCUUCAAAGCUCUCAAAGCCGCCAACCCGAAUCCUAAGCAUGGAAAGUCAGGGAAGCCAGGAAACCCUGAGAAGCAAGGCAGCAGUGAAAAGCAGGGCCAGGAAAAGCAGGAUCGGGAUCAGGAGAAGGGGAAUGAAGACGCCAAAGGAGAAAGAGAAAGGACAUGUGGAGAUGUGUGA